GGAAGCAACUGCAGUCUGCCGAGAAAGAGAGAGAGUUUAAUACCACCCUCUCUUUAUUCAAACCCAUUUCUUUCGUGGAUCGAAGAAAUCGGCGAGGGAUUUUCCUUGUAUUUUGGGGGAUUCUUACAAGAGAUUUCAGCCUUCGAAUCCGAUGCCGAUCCCGAAUCAUGAGGUCCAGGAGGACCGAGGGAGGAAGCGGAAGCGGGGGAGCAGCGGCAGCGAGAGCACGCCCUCGCCGCCCCGACGGUGGCGGACCGACACCGAGCGCCGGAUCUACUCCUCCAAGCUCCUCGAAGCUCUCCGGCGCCUCUGCCGCUCGUCGCCGGCCUCGCCGCCUCGGGCACGGGCCAUCCGGGAGGCGGCCGACCGCACGCUGGCGGCCGCGGCGAGGGGCCGGACACGGUGGAGCCGUGCGGUCAUCUCCGGCAGCCGCUUGCUCCGUCUCAAGGCCCGCCGGCGUCCAUGGGUCACCGCCGCCUGCGGCCGGCAGAGGAAGUCUCCAGCGCUGGUGAUGCCGGAGAGGAGGAGAUCUUCGGCGCCGGACAUCCAGCGUAGGACGAGAGUUCUGGGGCGGCUGGUUCCGGGAUGCCGGAAAGUGUCGUUUCCGACGCUUCUAGCGGAGGCUUCGGAUUAUAUCGCCGCUCUGCAGAUGCAAGUCCGAGCCAUGAGCGAGCUAGCCGACAUGCUCUCCGGUUCCAGUCGAUCGGCUCGGCUCGGCUCGGGGGAGCCGAGCUGAGCUGGCGGCGAACGGAGCUGUCUUGCUAUUUCGUUUUAUUAUUUUUUAUAAUUAUCUUAGUUUUUUUUUUUUUUUUUCUGUUGUAUUUUGCUGUAUAUUCCCUCCCUUUUUUUUUUGGCUUCCUAACUUUUUACUUUUGUUAGAUUUCUCGUGGCCUAAGGGGCGGUCUGUCUUAAGUAAGACUUAAGACGAAUGUAAUUGGAUAUAUUCGCGCAUAUAUAUUUUCCUAGAGACUAAAAAAUUCAGUACGGAGAGUUACUUAGAUCACGGAUGAUAAUUUAUUUACUUUGUUUUUAAUAUCCUACAUCUGAAUUCAAGUCUAAUAACUUUCUUUUUCAUUUUAUUUUGUAAAUAUAUCUCAAAGAGUGGGGAUAAAUUUUAAAUGUUUGUUAAAAAUAACAUCUCUAUAAUA